CAGAUAUGGAGUGAGAAGCAGUCUUAGACAGCCUAACCACUUCCACUUAUAUAAACAAAACACAUUUAAGGGCAGAAGAGAAGAAUCACCCCUGUUUAUCUUCCCUCUCCAAUUUAUGUUUCUUCAAGCUAUAAAAAUAAGUUACUUGCUCAUCACCUCAUACAGCAUACAUACUGCAAAGAAUGGCCCUUCUUCCCACUCUGCAAAAUGAUGAAACCAGCUUGGUUUUAUCCUGUGAUCCAAAGCCUAGGCUUAAAUGGACUCCACAGCUUCACCAUAGAUUUGUAGAAGCAGUAAAUCAGCUUGGAGGUGCAGAGAAGGCAACACCUAAAGCAUUGAUGAGAGUAAUGAACAUUGAUGGCCUUACUUUAUACCAUCUCAAGAGUCAUUUGCAGAAAUUUCGGCUAGGGAAAAGCCAUCAGUUGAAUUGCGACCAUGAAUACAGCCAAGAUUUCCAGCAAUCUCAGAGUCAGGAAAGCCAAUCACGUUCAGAAAGCUAUGAUGGAGCCCACAAUCAUCAAAUAAAUGAAAGCAUGAAGAUAGCUCAAGCAUUGGAGAUGCAAAUGGAAGUGCAGAAAAAACUACAGGAACAAAUUCAGGUGCAGAGACAACUCCAGAUGAGAAUUGAAUCUCAGGGGAAGUAUCUUCAGGCUGUUUUGAAGAAAGCGCAUGAAGCACUGUCCAGAUACAGUCCUUCAGUUCAAGCAGAGCUAUCAUCAUUAUCAACAUUGACAGAAAUUGGAUGCUCUCUAUCAAACUGCACAUACCAAACACAAGAACAGCUCAUAACUGGCAUGGGGUGUUCACUUGAAAGUUCCCUCACAUCAUCUGAAACCUCAGCUGGGAUUAAGGAAGACAAUGAGGGGGUAUACAAUAAUUCUGUUGAACUUUCACUGAUGGAAAUGCAUCCAAGGAAGCAAAAGGGGUUAGUUGAUAAUGAUGAUGAUGAUAGUGGCAGGAAAAGGAACAGAAGCAUGGCUUCUUUUGAUGAUUUUGUUGAAAACCCAUCAUCCCAUAAAAGAUUCCAGUCCAGUUUUGGUAAUAAUGAAGAUAAGUUCAAAAAGUUGGGAUUUAUGGAGAUUAUUGAUUUGAAUGUUAAGUGUGUUAACGGCUUUGAUGCUUAAUUAAAGCUGCAAAUGGUUAUAAACUUAUAACUGGUGUCUGGAAACUAUAUAUGAAGAAGCGGCUGGUUCUUUUUACCAGCGAGUUCUGUUUGUAAAACUAUGUGUGUAAAUGAACUGAUUACAGAAUGAAUCUUUUCUUUUCAAAGUAUAUUCCCUUUG